UAGGCAAAAACCGUGCUUAAUAUGUACAGUAUCUUUUGAAAUCGAUUACAGAUAUGUAGAACUUUAUGUUGCAACAAGAAAAAGAGGAACUUAAACAAUUUAUCGACAGAAAUGGACGCAACAAUUGGAUGAAAUCAUAUGUCAAAAUCGAGCGCUUUUUUCUGACUCUGGCGUCCAACUGUGUUGUCACCUGGGAUACUUUUUGACCUCAUUCAAUAUGGCCGCCAGUUGCACGUUUUUCGAGGCGAUCACAAUCAACCUGUGAUCUCUCGCAAAUUUGAAGCCAUGGCUGAAAAGGACAUGUUUCCUUUGAACCCGAUACUUAUGCGAGGUUUAAACGAUAAAAUGUAUGAAAAAAGAAAAGUUGCAGCCUUGGAAAUUGAACGGAUGGUUAAGGAAUUCAUAGCCAACAAUGAUGUUGCAUUGAUAAAGAGGCUCACAUCUGUGUUAACAACAGAAUUCUCUGUGUCGCAUAAUCCUCAUAGUCGUAAAGGCGGGCUUAUUGGACUGGCUGCUACUGCAAUUGCUUUGGGAAAGGAAUCUGUGGCUUAUCUUCAAGACCUGAUUCCACCUGUUCUCUCCUGUUUUUAUGACCAAGAUAGCCGUGUUCGCUAUUAUGCAUGCGAGGCGUUGUAUAACAUUUCAAAGGUUGCCAAAGAAGCUGUCCUACCAUUUUUUAAUUCAAUAUUUGAUGGACUGAGCAAGUUGGCAUCUGACACAGACCCCAAUGUGAAGAGUGGAGCUGAUUUACUAGACAGAUUAGUUAAGGAUAUUGUCACCGAAAGUGCUUCAUUUGAUAUUGUAUCAUUCAUUCCCUUACUGAGAGAAAGAAUGUUGACGACCAAUGCUUUUGCUAAACAAUUCAUUGUUUCAUGGAUUAUUGUUCUUGAUUCAGUUCCGGACCUGAACAUGAUUGAUCACCUCCCUGAGAUACUGGAUGGUAUUUUUAUGAUAUUUCAAGACCAGUCGGCUCACUCUGCUGAAAUAAGAAAGAUGUGUGAAACAGCUCUUGGAGAAUUUUUACGCGAGAUUAAGAAAUUUCCGGAAAACGUGAACUUUGCUGAUAUGGUGAACAUCAUUGUUGUUCAUUCAACUUCCAGUGAUCAAUUGAUUCAAUUUACGGCCGUGUUGUGGUUGCGAGAAUUUCUGACCCUUUCUGGUCGGACAAUGAUCCCAUUCUGUGCUAACAUCCUUUCCGCUGUUCUGCCGUGUGUCUCUUUGGAAACUUGCAAGUUUAACACCAAAGAAGUGGCAACCAAUGUGAACCAGCGCGUCCGAGAUCUUAUCACGACAGAUGACGACAACGAGGCGACGAGUCCCGAGCGAUCGAUGAAGAACGAGCGAAUGGAAUGCGACGUGGAGUCUGUUGAGCAUAACCUGGACCUUGGUUCCGUUCUUACCGUGCUCACCGCGCAACUAACCAGCGAGUAUGUGCUAACACGUCUGGCUGUAUUGAAAUGGGUCAUGCUGUUCCUGGAGAAAACACCCAACAAGCUUUUCAAGCACAUGGAGAAGAUAUUUCCUGUCUUAUUAGACAGAGUGUCGGACACAUCUGAUGAGGUUGUCAUCGCAGAUUUAGAAGUACUUUCAGUUAUUUCGGCUUCUCAAGCUGGACUUCCCAUGUCGUCUGAGUUGGCCUCGCCAGACAGAAGCGCCAAUGAAUAUUCUUCAGCUAAGAAUAUCAAUGAAUAUUUUUAUAAAUUUCUUUUAAAUUUGGUAGCGAAGUUUCGAGUCGACGGAAAAUUGCUAGAGGAAAAAGGACAUUUUAUUAUCAGAAAUCUGUGUCUGUUACUAAGUUCUGAGGAUAUCUAUCGUACGUUAGCCGAAAUUCUCUUCCAAGAAAACGAUCUAAAGUUUGCGGCGUUGAUGGUUAAAACCUUGAACAUAAUUCUACUUACCUCAAGCGAACUGUUUGAACUUAGGCACAAGUUAAAAGAACUGAAAACUAAGGAGAGUUGUGAAUUAUUUAGUGCGUUGUACAAGUCUUGGUGCCACAAUGCUGUCGCAACUUUCUCGCUGUGUCUUCUAACACAGACGUAUCAACAUGGCUGUGAUCUUCUUAUGAUGUUCGGUGAUCUAGAAGUUCACGUAGAUUUUUUGGUGCAAAUAGAUAAAUUGGUCCAGCUGAUAGAAUCGCCUAUAUUCACUUACUUGAGAUUGCAACUCCUGGACACGCAAAACAAUUUUUAUCUUUUAAAAUCGUUAUACGGACUAUUAAUGCUGCUUCCACAAAGUGAUGCAUUCACCACCUUACGUCAUCGUCUCGACUGUGUUCCCAAUGGUCACCUCUUGCAGACACCCCAGACGAAAGGAAAAGACAUCGAAAAACGGGAGUGUGUGAAGAAAAUCGACUUCACAGCUCUACUCCAACACUUCAAAGUCGUACAGGAAAAACACGUUAUUCAAAGACAUAAAAAAGAACCAAAAACAAACGGGUUAGAAGCAACAUGAUAAUAGCGUGGUUUCCCGUGUACAAUAUUUAAGUAUUUUAUGUAAGAGAACUUAUUUUGGUAGCUGUCUUGGAAUUUGCUUGAUCUCAGUCAUAGGCUCUUCAAAAUGAGCAUACUUUUUUAUUAAAUGUAAGAAUGUAGUGAUAAUGCUAUGAAAAUUUUAGGACAUUUGAUAUGAGAAGCUUCAGGCAAAAGAAUCUUCAGGAAAAUCACUGUUAAUU